AUGGGGUUCUCAUACAGUCACCAUCCCACCUCAUUCUUGUUCUAUUCAUUUUUCAAGUCGUUGGUCGGAAAAGACGUCGUUGUAGAACUGAAAAAUGACCUAAGUAUUUGUGGCACUUUGCAUUCCGUGGACCAAUAUCUGAACAUAAAACUGACAGAUAUAAGUGUUACCGACCCCGAGAAAUAUCCACACAUGCUGUCGGUGAAGAAUUGUUUUAUACGUGGUUCGGUUGUACGCUAUGUUCAAUUGCCGGGUGAUGAGGUGGAUACCCAGCUACUGCAAGAUGCUGCCCGCAAAGAGGCCGUCAGCUCCCGAUGAACGAACGAUGUGUAUAGCAUGGAU